GGAGCGCUGUGCAGAAAAAAAAAAAAAAAACCGACAGGCAAAUGCGGUCAGUCGGACGGAGAGUGACAAAGGGAAAGGGAACGAUCUGAAGGCGGAGAUCGGAGCAGCAUCCGCUCGUGUGACAGGAAUCCCGGCGAAUCCAGCGAGCGGGGCCCCCGAGCAGCCGUUAGCGGCCGUGUGUGACGUCCGGGGACGGGCCGCAGCUCAUUGUCUGGGCGGCAUUGUGAGGAGGCGGCGGCCGGGCCUGAGCUUGGGGAAGAAGCCGCCAUGAACGCUGUGUGUGCACUGCUGUGAGAGCCCCCAGUAUCCCCAGUCCGGAGUGGGAUUAACCCUCUAGACCCUGCCCCCCAGUACUGACACCUGCCCCAGCCUGAAGGGCCCCUCAGUGUCAUUGGGCCCCUGAGCCCCCCCCAAUCUCACUAAUACACCCAGUGUUCCCCCUGAUCUAAGAGGAGCCCCCCAAGCCCUGUGGGGCCCCCCGCUAUCUCCCACUGCCCUGUGCCCCCCAUGGGCCUGUGAGACCCCCACAUCUGCCGGAGGACGGACUAUGCGGGAUCUGGAGUGACCCGGACGGACGCGGAGGAUACGGUGACUGUCGCUGCUGGUUUUAGACGCCCCGUUUUAGAGCGAGGGGUGCAAGGUUGCUUGGCCGCCCGCCGGGAUCUUGAUGUUUUUGCCCCCCAUCCGGCUUCUAUAAGGAAGAGAGAGGCAGCAGGGCGCAGCAUGUCGGGGAGGCCGCGAACCACUUCUUUUGCAGAGAGCUGCAAACCCGUGCAACAACCGUCAUCGUUCGGCAGCAUGAAAGUCAGCCGAGACAAGGAUGGCAGCAAAGUCACCACUGUGGUGGCCACCCCGGGUCAGGGUCCGGACCGGCAGCAGGAGGUCAGCUACACAGACACCAAGGUGAUCGGCAAUGGCUCCUUCGGUGUGGUCUAUCAGGCCAAACUCUGCGACUCAGGGGAGCUCGUGGCCAUUAAGAAGGUUCUGCAGGACAAGAGGUUCAAGAACCGAGAACUGCAGAUAAUGAGGAAGCUGGACCACUGCAACAUCGUGCGGCUGCGCUACUUCUUCUACUCCAGCGGAGAGAAGAAAGAUGAGGUCUACCUGAAUCUGGUGCUGGACUACGUUCCGGAGACGGUGUACAGAGUGGCCAGACACUAUAGCCGAGCCAAGCAAGCCCUCCCCAUAAUUUACGUCAAGUUGUACAUGUAUCAGCUGUUCCGCAGUUUAGCCUACAUCCAUUCCUUUGGGAUCUGCCAUCGGGACAUCAAGCCACAGAACCUGCUGCUGGACCCCGAUACCGCCGUGCUGAAGCUUUGUGACUUUGGCAGUGCAAAGCAGCUCGUCCGUGGGGAACCCAAUGUCUCCUACAUCUGCUCCCGGUACUAUAGGGCUCCAGAGUUGAUCUUUGGGGCCACUGACUACACUUCCAGCAUAGAUGUGUGGUCAGCGGGCUGUGUGCUGGCAGAGCUUCUCUUGGGUCAGCCGAUCUUCCCUGGGGACAGCGGUGUAGACCAACUGGUGGAGAUUAUCAAGGUCCUGGGCACCCCAACGCGGGAGCAGAUCAGAGAAAUGAACCCCAACUAUACAGAGUUCAAGUUCCCUCAGAUAAAGGCGCACCCCUGGACUAAGGGUUAUGUCUUUUUGCAGGUUUUUAGAGCUCGGACUCCCCCGGAGGCCAUUGCACUGUGCAGCCGGCUGCUGGAAUACACACCCACCGCCCGCCUCACCCCGCUGGAUGCCUGCGCCCACUCCUUCUUUGAUGAGCUGCGAGACCCCAACCCCAAGCUUCCCAAUGGCCGUGAAUUCCCUGCACUAUUUAACUUUACCACUCAAGAACUGUCCAGUAACCCUUCCCUAUCGUCUAUCCUGAUCCCAGCCCACGCUCGGAACCAAGCCUCUGUGUCCACCCCCACAAAUGCCACAGCGACAUCAGACUCGAACGCCGGGGACCGCGGACCGACCAACAACGCAGCCUCCGCCUCGGCCUCCAACUCCACCUGAGCCAAUAAUCGCAGCAUGUUCCGCGCACGGACGAGAAGGAAACGGGCAAAGUAGCAAGAGGGUGGGGAAAGAGAGAGGGGUAGCACUCACCCGGUGUCCCGGACUCUUCCACCAAACACUGGCCACAUUUAUCAAGAAAAAGAAAAAAAAUAUAUAUAUAUACAUAAACUGUAAAGGAAGCGCCAUCCAUGUGGAUUUUAGUGGUUCAGUUUUUUAUUAUAAUUAUUAUUAUUGUUAUUUAACCUUGUAAAAUAUCUAUAAAUAUCGCAGGAUUUUUUUUUUUUCUGUAAUUUUUAUUUUUUGUUUUUAUUUUUUUAAAAUCUCACUCCAUAGGAGUUUUCUUGGUGCGGGGGGUGUCCUCCUCCCCUCCCCCCCCCCCCACUGGCCCCAGCAGAGGACGGCUUGGUGAUUGGCCGCUGCCACGCUCGUCGCUCCUCGGGCCCUUGUCUGUUACUGUGGCUUUUAUUUCACUGUAAGUCGCGCGGUCAGCGGGGGGUCGGCUCCUCCCUUCAUUGCACCGGAUUGAAUCUCGGAGUGCCUUAUUGUAUGAGACCCGUGACCGCCCCUCCCCGCUGCUGCGCACAGCGCCCCCUGGUGACGCCCGCUCUCUGUUUUCUCCUCCAUGUUUCUUAGUUUUAUUACUUUCCUGUUGUAAGUUUUGCCUGGUUUUCUGGAGGGGGGGGCGGGGGGGGGGACGUGUAUGUGGCUUCUCAUUGGCUCUUUUUUGGCCUCUGUUAUUGGUCGGCUUAGAUGAAAGGGAGGGGCUUCACUAUGUAAUAAGGACAUUAUACCUCCACAUCGUUCUGCUACACCCAUGGGCAUUAACUCUGCUUGCUGGACUAGUGUUGCCCCUGCGUCACAUUAGCCCUCGGCACAGGAGAGUGGCCAUUAACCUUUUCACUGCUGCGGCUGGGCAUGGGGGGGGGGGGGGGGGGGUACUGGAGAAUUGAGCGCACAGCCCUGUGCACAUCAAUGUACCUGCUGGACAAAAUGGCGCCUGCAGAAUGGUCUCGCUGUGCGGGUUGGAGGUCACGGACCUCGCUGCAUAUGAUGGGUGGGGGCACAUCGCGGCUGAUUUCGGUUUAUUUCCCGCUAGUCCUUGGUGUUAGUGCGCUCUGCCCCCGUCUCUGGUAAUUCAUACGUAAACCUGAGGUCUGGGGUAUGAGGCACCAGCUACCUCACUGAGGCCACCAAUGAGUAGAUAGACACUUGUAUCCUAUGGACUUUAUAUGUAGAUCAUAAAGCGGAGAUCUGACCCUGCCUGUCGUCCACCUGGUGGCGCUCUGCAGCUGCGGUACACUUCCAUAGGGUGGAGCGGCCUCCGUUCUCAUGAAGGUGUAAAGCAGCUGCUCCUCCGAAGGUCCCGGACCUCUAAAGCGGUAUUAGUAGCUUGUCUUAUUCUCUACUCACAGCCAGGGCUGCAGCCACACGGGGCUGGUUUCCAUUUGCACUCAGGUUGCCCGUGCUGCGCUUGCACUGAGCAUGUUCUGCCAAUGUGGGCAGCUUAGUAAUGACACCAGGCAUGGGGUGUUAUAAUACAGUGCACUACAGGCCGUGUCUGUCCGCACAGUGCUGACGAAUUCCAAGUGGCAGCCAGCGGAUUUGUGAAUGCAGCUUUGGAUGUGAUUGGAGUAUGAGGCAUGAUUUAACCUGUGAAAUGCUGGGGAGCGUUAGAUCAGAGCUCGGCGUCUGGCGACAAUGUACAUAUCCCCAUCCCAUCUGUAUGCACUAUGCCGCUCCACCAUCCCCCCCCCACUCCAGUGAAACAGGCCCCUGUCCCCCCCCCCCCCCCCCCAUCAGCCAUGAAGAGGUUAAAGAGGAGCUGUCCCCUCUCUGGACGUGUCAAAGUGACUUCUUGUGUUCCCCAUGUAAUACUAAUUCUGGAUCAGCCUUUCUCCUGACUAUUUGGCGCUGUUCCUCUAUUAUUCUUGAUAAAGGUACUGACGGGUGUUACCAGUUGGGCGUCUGACACGGACUUCACUGAUUGGACAGUGUCGGACUGUAGGGACACGCCCCCAACUGGUAACACCCAGGUGUCCAGUUAUUAAUAAACUUCUAGUAGGAAUAAUUCAGGAAUAGAUGCUCCAGAAUUGUUAUUACAAGGGGAAUGCAGGUGACAGCCAUGUCAGGAGGGGAGACGGGUUCCCUUUAAGUGGCCGCAGGUUUUUUUUUGUUUUAAACCACUUUCCCCCACAAUCACGUAUGCGAUGUCCCCAAUAAAAGCACAGUGCAUGCAUCGGACGACCGGAAAGUUCCAUGUCACGUCAGCAUGGGGGGGGAGGGGUUGGUGAGGAUGAGGCCCUGGUGUCCGCUCUUUGUAUUAUUUUUUUAUUUUUUCUUAAUCUGCAAAAAAUGCAAUAAUUUUAUUUUAAUUUUUUUUAAUUCUUAUUCUGAAGUCUUACCCGACGCGAGUUGGAAAGGGACGUGACCGGCAUCGUGCUCCAGAAUGUCGCCCACAGCUGUGACUUCGUCUCUAUAGAUGAUUAUAUAUACACACAUAUAUAUAUAUAUUUUUUUUUUUUGCUUUGCCUGUAAUAUCGCUUCAGUGUGUGGUUUCUGAUGGACGAGUUGGCGAACAGCCUUGAAUCAGCUGCGAAGAGUCCAUUAUGAUACGUGUAGAAAAAAAGAAAAGAAAAAAAACCCUAAAGUUUCCAGCUGGCGGCGGUUACUCCGAGAUCUGCAUCCACGGGCUGAGGACAUUACUACUACUUGAACGCCUCUGUGACUGAAAUCCACCAACCUCGUGUGUUCGGCCCUCGGCGCGGUCACGUUCUGCAUAUAUCUUUUAUUUUCUGAUGUCCGCCCCCCUCCCCCUCCCUUCCCUCUCUGUAAAUACGUUUUGUUCUGUGUGACACAAUUCCGGAGAUAGUUACCUGGUAUCUGUAAUUUGCAUUAAAUAAAAAAAAGUA